CCUCCACCAAACGCAAUUGGAGCGAAGUGCCCGACGAGCAGCGGGCGGACAUCUACGUCCCCGUGUGUUUGGGGGUUCCCCCCCCCUGCAGAGACCCCGAACCCACAGUUGGGGGGUCCCCCCCGGCCCCCCCCGGGCUCCCCCUGCACCCCACGGGCAAGGUCCCCUCCGUUCCCUUUGGGGCACCAUCGUCAUCGUUGUCCGCUGUGGUGCCGCCGGGGUUCCCCGGUUUUGGGGGGUCCCCCCCUGUCGGGGUCCCCCCCCCCCCCCCCCCCGGUGGAGGUCUUCUCGUGCCCCGUUUGCCAUAAGAGCUUUGGGUUCCAACGGCUCCUGAACCGCCACCUCAAGUGUCACAGCGAGGUCAAACGGCACCGCUGCCCCCACUGCGGCAAAGGCUUCAACGACACCUUCGACCUCAAACGGCACAUCCGGACCCACACCGGCGUGCGGCCCUACAAGUGCAGCCUCUGCGAGAAGGCCUUCACGCAGCGCUGUUCGCUGGAGUCGCACCUGAAGAAGAUCCACGGGGUGGCGCAGCGCUACGCCUACAAAGAGCGCCGCGCGAAGCUCUACGUCUGCGAGGAGUGCGGCGGCACCGCCGACAGCCACGAGGGGCACCUCGCGCACCUGCGCCUCAGCCACCCGCACAGCCCCCUCCUCGCCAAGAUGGCGCGCAAGGCCGCCCCCCGCCCCAUAGCGCCCCACGGCUCCGCCCAUAGCGCCCCGGGGCUCCACCCGUAGCGCCUCAGCCACCCGCACAGCCCCCUCCUCGCCAAGAUGGCGCGCAAGGCCGCCCCCCGCCCCAUAGCGCCCCACGGCUCCACCCAUAGCGCCCCGGGGCUCCACCCAUAGCCCCCGGGGCUCCACCCAUAGCGCCUCAGCCACCCGCACAGCCCCCUCCUCGCCAAGAUGGCGCGCAAGGCCGCCCCCCGCCCCAUAGCGCCCCACGGCUCCACCCAUAGCGCCCCGGGGCUCCACCCAUAGCGCCCCGGGGCUCCACCCAUAGCGCCACAGCCACCCGCACAGCCCCCUCCUCGCCAAGAUGGCGCGCAAGGCCGCCCCCCGCCCCAUAGCGCCCCACGGCUCCACCCAUAGCGCCCCGGGGCUCCACCCAUAGCCCCCACGGCUCCACCC